CUUUUGCAUGCUGUGUACCGUAAAUUGCAUUUCACCUCGGAGAGUAAACAGAUAUAUUGCAACCCCAAGGGUUCAUGGGUAGUAUAUUUACAAAGAAAGACGCAGAGGGCUCCCCUCUGUGCAACUCCCAUUGAUAACAGAAGUCACUUAACUAAAUUAGAGAGAGCUCCUGAAGAUUCUGUACAAUACAGAAGAGAAACACUUUAACUGAAUCUAACAAAUCCUCAUAGCAGCAUACACUUCUACACGUGUAUGUAUGCAUGUUUCUGGUGUAGCAAAGAGGGCAGCACUCGAACAGAAUCCCCCACCUCCAACACCAUGUAAAUUUCAUGACUGCUUUCCGUGAUGUCAUUUUGAAAAGGGGCGGACAAUAGCUGUAGGGGAAAGGUAAGUCAAUAUUAUGUUCUUUUGCUGACAAAAGCAGAUAUCAACUGGACUUCAUUUCACCUUGGACAGUGACUAUGUCAAGUGUUUGGGAAGCGUGAUCUUCAUUUAGACACAGAAUGCUUUGCUGGAAAACAAAAGUGAUGCUUUGAAGAUAAAGAUGGGAAGCUAAAGAGAUCAGGUUGCAACACUGCUGGGUUCAUUAUCUUCUCUGGGCAUUGCCAGGCCAUCCUGGACCGUACAACUGUUACUAUUUCUUAAAGCCAGACUCUGCUGUUUUCAUUGGAUGAAAAGUUGAUGUUGUUUCUUUAUUCUGAAGAGAUAAAAUAAGAGUAUUUUAACUAAAUGCCAUUUUUUCUGUUUUCACCUUGAUUCCAUGGAAGUGAGAAAAUGAACAGAGCACGGUUUCCUUUCUUCAUGGCUAAAGCAAUAUUAAUCUCUAGUAUGUUGUGAAAAGAAAACAAAACACACCAUUCCUGCAUUCUUAAAUCUAUAGAUGACAAGCCACAAAAACCUCUGUUCAGGAUUAAAUGCUGGAAUAUAUUUUCUGGACUGUAUGGAUACUUUUUUCCUUCCGGUACAUUCUGCUUUCCAAAGCAUAAGUAACUGCCUUCCAAGGGAAAUGCUGUGGGCUAUUAAAAGAAAAUGAAUUCCGGGGAGAGCUUCUGAAUCAGAGGUGGACCAGUGGAGAGAAGGUGAGCAGCUGUGAAACAACCAAAGGCCUACACAGUGCACAGAUCAAGAUGAGCCUUGAAGGUGAUGACAAGAGAACACGCACACGAUCAAAAGGAAUACGAAUACCUGCUGAAUUCAUAGGACAGGAAUUAAGUUCUCAGCCUUGUGCAUUAGUUAAGAAACGAAAACAUCAGCACUUAGAAACAGACAUCCUGUUGUCAAAAAGAAAGUCCCAUCCUCUAAAGCUGGCCCUAGAUGAAGGCUAUAAUGUGGACAGUGAUGGCAGUGAUGAAGUAGAGACAAAAGAGGGAUCCAUCUCAGAUGAGUCUGUAGAAAGCCUAGAGGAAGAGGAACAUGCAAGUUUAGAAGCAAGACAAGAGAGAAGCCCAGAAACAUCAGACCAAGAACACUGCCAGGAAGAUGUAAACACAAGUAUCACAAGCACAGCAAAAGCUGACUAUAGUACUUAUCAGGAAAUGGUGGCCAGCUCUCUACUUAACCUUGGUCAGAUAGCCAAGGAAGCACUCAGAACUGAAGGGAAACUGCAGGGACAAGAUGCACGAAUUGCUGAAACUCUAAGUAACCCAAUGCGUUGUGUACAUAAGAGCCAAUCAGGUGAUGAUGAUGAUGAUGAUGAUGAUGAUGACGAACAUGAAUUAGAGAUAGAUGAGGAUCAACCAACUGUAGGAAUAGCAGAGGAACUAGAAAUAUCAACAACAACAGCAAGUGAUUCUUGUCAGCUGACCAGCAGGGGCCCCCUGGAGCCUGACUACAUACAAAGGACCACAGAUGAGGCCAGUGCUGAUACUAGCUGCACUAAGUCAACUUGUGUUUCUCAGGAACUAGAGGACAAGUCUUUUUAUGAAGUGCAAUACAGUCCCAAGCAGGAGUACUCAGUGAUCGUGGAAGUUAGGUCUGAUGAUGACAAAGACGAAGACAGCCAUUCACAAAAAUCUGCAGUAACAGAUGAGUCUGAAAUGUAUGACAUGAUGACCAGAGGAAACCUGGGCCUGUUGGAACAAGCCAUCGCUCUGAAAGCAGAACAAGUGAAAACUGGGCGGGAAACUGCAAGACUGCCAGGAGAAGCAAUGCGCCACUUCCAUACAGACGAGAGGUCUGCAAAGAGUAUGGAUGCCAUGAAGAAGAAUUACUUCAAUAAAGACCCUGUAAACUCUGCAAGACCAGAGAAGAGAGAGAUCAAGUGCCCAACCCCUGGGUGUGAUGGGACAGGGCAUGUGACAGGGCUCUACCCUCAUCAUCGCAGCCUCUCAGGAUGCCCACAUAAAGACCGGAUACCACCAGAGAUCUUGGCUAUGCAUGAGAAUGUUCUGAAAUGUCCGACUCCAGGUUGCACAGGUCAGGGUCACGUCAACAGCAACCGGAAUACACACAGAAGCUUAUCUGGCUGUCCAAUAGCUGCUGCAGAGAAACUAGCCAAAUCCCAUGAGAAACAACUGCAACAGACGCCAAGUGGCGAGCCGACAAAGACUAGCCCAAAUUCAGACAGAAUACUCAGGCCCAUGUGUUUUGUGAAGCAGCUUGAGAUCCCACAGUAUGGAAAUUACCGCCCUAAUAUGCUGCCUGCAGUCACCCCGCGAGCUAACUUAGCCAAGGAACUGGAGAAGUACUCUAAGGUCACAUUUGAUUAUGCAAGUUUUGAUGCUCAGGUUUUUGGAAAAAGAGUGCUUGCUCCAAAGGUUCCACCCAAUGAAACAUCACCGAAAGCCUUCAAAUCUAAACCAUUCCCAAAGGCGUCUUCUCCUAGCCAUACAGUCUCUGCUGGCUAUACGAAGAGUACAUCAUCCAGUGGCUUUGACUACUCCCAUGAUGCUGAAGCAGCACACAUGGCUGCCACGGCCAUUUUAAACCUCUCCACUAGGUGUUGGGAGAUGCCUGAGAAUCUCAGCACAAAACAGCAGGAUCAAGCCAGCAAGCAGACAAUGGAGAUCGAAGUGGAUGAGAAUGGGACACUAGAUCUCAGCAUGAACAAACACCGGAAGAGAGAUGGUUAUCUCCCAUCUAGCAGUCCUGGAAUCAAAGCUUCUGACCUCCCUCAUCACCAAAGCAGCAGCAGUUCCAGCAGCAGUUCCACCAGCAGUUCCAGCAGCAGUAGUAGUGCCAUGACCUCACCACAGUCCAGCCAGACGUCAAAGCAGGAGGACUGGGAUGGCCCAAUUGACUAUACCAAACACAGUCGGCAACGGGAGGAAGAACCUGAGGAGUCUGAGCCUGCAGCCCAUUCAUUCUCCUCAGAUGAAACAGAGGACCUGGAUCUGCCAGACGAAAGCUUGGAAGAUCGGAAGUACCCAGGGGAGGUCACUUCAUCCAACUAUAAACUCAAAUUUGGACCAAAGGAUGGCAAAAAAGAACUCCUCAGUUGUCCCACACCUGGCUGUGAUGGUAGCGGACACAUCACUGGAAACUAUGCCUCCCACCGCAGCCUGUCUGGUUGCCCUCUUGCUGACAAGAGUCUUCGAAAUCUCAUGGCUGCCCACUCUGCUGACCUCAAGUGCCCCACGCCUGGAUGUGAUGGUUCUGGACACAUAACAGGAAAUUAUGCAUCCCACAGAAGUCUGUCUGGCUGCCCUCGUGCAAAGAAGAGUGGGAUGAAGACAAGUCCUACUAAGGAUGACAAGGAAGACCCGGAUCUCCUGAAGUGCCCUGUUCCUGGAUGUGAUGGUGUUGGACACAUCAGUGGGAAGUAUGCAUCUCACCGCAGCGCCUCUGGGUGCCCCCUUGCAGCUCGUAGACAAAAAGAGGGAACGCUAAAUGGGUCCUCAUUUGCCUGGAAGUCACUGAAGAAUGAAGGUCCAACCUGUCCUACUCCGGGGUGUGAUGGCUCAGGACACGCCAAUGGUAGCUUUCUUACACACAGAAGUCUUUCAGGUUGUCCCAGAGCAUCUCUUGCAAUGAAAAAAGCCAAACUUCCAGGUGAUGAUGUUCCCACCACAAAAUUCAGGGCUAGUGAUGUGCUUGACAAUGAUGAGGACAUCAAGCAGUUAAACAAGGAGAUCAGUGACCUUAACGAGUCCAACUCGGAGAUGGAGGCGGACAUGGUCAGGCUUCAGUCACAGAUUUCUACCAUGGAAAAGAACCUAAAGAACAUUGAGGAGGAAAACCGGUUGAUUGAGGAGCAGAAUGAAGCACUCUUUGUAGAACUCUCAGGGUUAAGUCAGGCACUUAUACGUAGCCUUGCCAAUAUUCGCCUUCCACACAUGGAGCCAAUCAGUGAACAAAAUUUUGACACCUAUGUUAACACUUUAACGGACAUGUACACAAAUCAGGAGUGCUACCAGACGCCAGAAAACAAGGCUUUGCUCGAAACCAUCAAACAGGCUGUCAAAGGUAUUCAGGUUUAGGAAGCAGUAAUUCUUGGUUGACAGAACAAGAAACUGCCAGCAGCAGAAUUCAGGUCCUGGAAAAAAAUAUAUAUUUUUAAGAGGUAACCUCUGAAUCAAGAUCUGACAAGAGUGUGGAACCAAACUGACAUUUAUCUUACAUUCAAGCCAGGUUUGUCUAUGCUGAGCCAAGUAUGAACACAUACAUUCCAUCCUGUGCUGGAACGCCAGGACAGAGGACAACAGUUUGGAAGCUGGUGGACAACACUUGUUUUUUUUUUUCCAAAUUUAAACUUCUGUUUACAGAUGUGGAUGACAGAGACAAUAACUGAGUGGCAUCCAUGAAGAUCUUAACUGUUUGACAUGUCAAACCUGUCAAUGUUCAGACAAUUAACAUAAGAGUGUAACUGAGCAGAGUGGAAGUCCUCUAACCAAAUAAUUUAUUUCCAAAAAGGGUUUCCUGUGUUUUUUGAACUGUCCAUGGUGCUGGAGAUCCCAUAUUAGGCCUUUCUCCAAAUACUCUUUUGGCUUGCAGCUUAAGAACGCCCUGGCCAUUUAUGGGUCACAUGCCAGUCGUAUGUAAGACACAUAAUGACGAUUAAGAUGUUCACCAUGUUUCUGAUUAGGCACUUCCUGUGAUGUUAAUGUUUUCUUCUAGCUUUAGUUUAAAAAUCUUCUAAACAUUUGGAAUAUUUGGCAAUACCAUCACGACAGCACUGUGGUUAUGGUUUCACUCUGAAUGUAUAGACAAAACUAGAUUCUACAGAGUUAUUUGUAAGAGAUGUUCCUACAGGUCAUAUUUUUUUAAUUUUUCUCCUAUAUUUCUGGCUAAAAUGUCAGGCAGACCUAAAAUUGUCUCCUUCUCCCAAGAAGAUGCAGCAGGGACCCUUACCAAACUGAAUUAAGACUUCUUUUAUUGGUAUGACAUGUAAAAGGCUCUCACUAAAUACACUGUACUGUAUUAUCAGGGAUACCUUUAUAGUGAACAGAUAUUAAAAUGUUACAGGAGCUGCAAAAAAAACAUAUCUGUAGCUGGAUAUGUGUUGGAGAAUCAACCUGCCUUAAGUAAAGGGUACUGUAAGGUAGCCUAUGACCCAUUUAUUGUGUAUUUAGGCAAUCCUUACCUGUGUAUACAGUUUAUGUAACUAUUCACUUUUGAGUGUACCAUUCACUUCUACCAUCUUUGCAGGGGUAUAUUAUCUGCACCUAAAUAUUUGUUCAAACUAUCCUUUUUUCUGUGGAUCCUUCAAAAAAUAUAUAUGCUCACACUGCAAGGAAAGGACAUAAAUAAAACAUCUUACACCUGCUAACUUAUAUUCUUCUCUGACAUUCUAACACAAAGGUUUACAUAUGGAUAACCUUCACAUAAUAUAGUUACUUAACCUUAUUCAGUUAACAGUAUUUGACAGACAAAAAAAUAAUCCUACAACUUAAGCAUGAAAUUGCUGGCAGGGGAGAAAGUGCUAUCACUUUAGUUUUUCUAAAAACAAUAAAGUGUCACAUAAGGCAUUUGCUUCAUUGCUUUAAACUUGUAGAGCACAGACCGCUGACUUACCAGAGCUAUCUAGUCUAAUGCCUUACAAAUGUAAUUCUACCCUCAGGGUUUCCAUGCAGAUGCUAAAAACAUUAGCAGAGCUAGAUGAUACAGAAUGCGGAGUAGUAAUAAGCAGAGGAAGGUGUGCGGAGUAGUCAUAAGCAGAGGAAGAGUAAAUCUAGUCAGUCUGCUGUUCAGAGGCUGAGGUGUCUACAUUGGACUUACUAUGAUUAAUCACAUCUUAUUUAAUCAACAUGGGAUUAAUUACAGACAGAACAUCUAAACCUGCAAAAAAACUGUACUCCCAACUUGCAACACUUAACACAUCAUGCAACAGUAUUCAACAAGUGUUGCAGGUGACAGAAAACCCCAAUGCUCCUACCUAAAACCUGGGGGAAAGGACCCCACACUCACAAUCUCUAUACAAACCAACUCAGAAUACAAAUUUGGAGGAAAGGGAGAAAGUGUAAAUCCAAACUAAAUGUCACCCUCUCCUUCUUCUCCGAGUUCAAAAAAUCCAAAAUGAAAAACAUAACAUCUGCAACACAGCCAGUUAUGAAAUAGUGAAAUGCCAAGUAUAGAAACAAGUGAUCUUUCUCCUGUGACGUUUUGGAGAAUGACAAAACACAACAUGCCUGCUUGUGUUGUUCCUGCGUAGAGUAUAUAAUGGAUGUUUUGAACUGGAACACAUUAUUUUGCAUUCAGUUCAUUUGCUUAAGAAGUAAGACACUAAGGUACGGCCUUUUGGGAAUUUACUUCCUCUGAGGUUUGGCAGCAAGUGUAUUAGAAAGUCUGCCCUCCCAUGAAAAGUAAGUGAUAGACUAUUUAAAGAGAAACUGUUACAAGACUGCAUCCUGUACAUCACCCUCCAAGAAACAGAAACAGAAAUACUUCAUUUUAAGGAUUAUAGUACAUUUUAAAUAUUGUCACUGAUUUAGGAAAAUGAGGAUUGCAGGUAUCAUUUUGUUAUGAAGUUAUUGCACUUCAGCUCAAGGGGGAAAAGUAAAAAUUGGGCACAAUCUGUGCUGCACUUUUAGAUGACACAGUGCCAGAUGGCACUGGCUGUUUUUUUUUUUUAAUUGUAAGCAUAUAUGAUUACUUUUUAUAUUCAAACACAGUGUUUAAAAUGAGGACUCUUCCCUUUUCUAAAGCUUAUCUGAGUGGGUAUCGGUUUCAUAUAGAGAAAUCUAUACAUUCCUGACAGACUAAUUUUAUAAGGAUCACAUUUUUAUUAAAAACAAACUCAGCAGUGAAUGUAAGAGCAGAUGCAAUACUCAAAUGAUGUAAUCUGCUGGUAUUCAGCCAAGUGUUUUGGUUCUCUAAGGCUGAUUAGAUUGCAUUUGCAUGUAUAUUAUUUCUGUACCUGGAAUAAUGCAUUUGCAUUAUCUUCAUGGAUAUAGUUACUGAUAAAAGUACUAGAUGGUACGGGGAAUCUUAAAGUGUGAUAUCUCUGCAGCCAUAGUGUUGGGCAUUAGGCCUUCUCAGACAACAUUCCCUAGUAAAGCUCAGUAAGGACACUGCAUGGGACUCACUCCUGAGUGUAUUUACCUUUGCACACGCCAGCAGAAAUAAACUACUCUGUCUGGGGAUUCUGAUUGAAGUAAAUGUAGACUACACUAGGGUGUCAAAUGUUUAGGAACAGCAGGGCUGUACUGAUUUACACCUUAUAUCAUAAUAUAAAUCCUGUGUGUGUGUGUGUCUCUCUGUCUUCAUCCCCUUGACAAUCUAUCACUAAUUUUUGUAACAGAUACAUUUUUCCCACAUGAUCCACUGUACAGAAUGAGCUAAAAGUCCCCUGCUGUCCUUCAAUAUCGUGACUGCCUUGUUUGACUCUCGUUUUCACCCUCUCCACACACACACACACGCACGCGCGCGCACACACACACACACACACACACACACACACACACACACACACACACACGCGCGUGCGCGUGCACGCACACACGGUCUGCAUAUCGCAUACAAGAAUGAAGACCAUAACUGUUAACAGAAAAAACAAAGCAUAGUAUUAGUUGCUUUGGAAUGGCUGCUUAUAAUUAGACACCAAGAAUGGACAGAUAAAUUACUACACAGUUGUUUCCUGCCAUUAAAUUCACUGUUUUUAGAAAGUUUCAUGAGGGUGUUAUCAUUCUUAUUGUCAUAGAAACUAAAAACAGAAUUAUAAUGGGAAUUAUGGAAACUAUAGACUUAUCACAGAUAAAGUUCCAAUGGAAAACUUUGAGUUGUGUUUUUAACGAGUUAAGCAACCAAACUACCAUCUGAAUAAUGUGAAAAAAUUUAACGUAAAAAAAUGCCAUUCAGGAAGUUGUUGCUUUCUUAACGUGGCAUGUCUUUUAACUUUCCAUCUAGGAAUUAGAGUAAGAAAGAUCUUAAUUUCUGUUAAAAUUAUUAAUGACUUCCUAUAAGAGUAUGACCAUUUGCUAAAUACUCAGUGGCAAAAUAUUCAAAAUAGAUGCAGUACAGCCCAGUGAUUGAAAGCAGUACGGAAGUCCACAAGUUAGAAUUAUCACUGCCCCUGCUGUCCAUACAUUCAGAAAAUAAAUAUAUGUUUUCAGUGAAGUACAAAACGCUAGUGAAGGGAGGAAAGCUCAAGAAAUUCCAUUUCUUAGAUUUACCUGGAAUAUGCCAAGAAGGCCCUUUGAAAAUACAAAUAUAGUGGAUAACAGACCAUCCAGUUCCUACUGCAGUUAGUAAAAUGCGGGCACAUACUGCUACUGCAUCCUGUAAGCAUGAUGUCAUUUCCUGUUUGUUCCAUCCAGGUAUAAAUGCUGAAUGCUUCAAUGUACAAAAAGUAAUUCCCAGGUAUAAAUGCUGAAUGCUUCAAUGUACAAAAAGUAAUUCCCAGACAGAUAGAAGACACUAAGGGAAAAACUGUCCACUAUGUAAAUAAAAUCAAAAUCAAUUGUCACUGUUCUUCAGUUAAUGUGAAGACUCUGCACUUCAUCCCAAGAAAAGAAGCUACCUAGCUUUUAACAGAAUUACUUAGUACCACAUUAUAAAUUAUUUAAUGAGCCUGAGCAAGAUUUAUGUAAUUUAUUUGCAAUGUUAAGUUACCUUUUUUUCUAUUUAUUCAAUUUAUUAAAUUAAUUUAUUAAUUUUAUAUUUCUUGUUAUUAAAACAGGAUGUAGCAUGUUCAAACAUGCAAACAGAAAAUGCUUUUUGGAGAACGUUCCCAUGUAUACAGAGUAUUCCACACAGAAAUUUAAAAGUUCUUGCUUGUAAUUCAAUGCAACCAAGUUAUUUUUGAUAUAUUUUAUUUAUUCUUUUAACAAUGGGAUUUUUUAAAGCCUCUUUUAAAGUGUGAAUAUUUUAUAUUAUGGACACAUUUUUUGAUAUUUUGUUUUUUGUUUAUUCAUUUUUGGGGCUACAACUAAAACAAAAAGAAGAGAUAUUUGCUUUUUGUUAAAAUUGUUUAAUGCAUCUGUGACCAAUAAAUAAAAAGGUUGUAUUUAUUAUUUAUUUAAUAUUUAAGUAAAUUAUCUGUGCAGUUGUUGUAUAUUUAUUUUGUCAAGUAUGUGUGCCUGUUAUGUAAUGACUGAGUAUGUGUCUUUGUUUAAAAAACUCUGUUGAUACAGUAUUUAAAUAAAGAGUCAUGUUGAGAA